AUGCCAGUAAAUCCAAGUGCAAUGCAAUCAACCAAUAAUGGUCCCAGGUCACCAUCUAAACCAGGAGCAUCUAGAACAGCCGGAAAUGUGCUGAGACAGCGAAAAACUGCUGCACCCACUACAUCAGUUAGGAACCGUAAUACUGGAACUAGCAGUGGAGGUAUGUGGCGUUUCUACACAGAUGACUCACCUGGAAUUAAAGUAGGACCUGUGCCCGUAUUAGUGAUGUCUUUGUUGUUCAUUGCCUCCGUUUUUAUGUUGCAUAUUUGGGGAAAAUAUAAUAGAGCUUAG